UGGAUUGCAGGAACUACGACGGCUCCGUGCCGGUGUCUCUUCAUUCCGGUGGCAAGAGGGCAGCUCAAAUGGAGGGAGACGACCUGUACAGGCUGCGGGACAGAAAGUUCUUGCUGGAGGACAAGAAGCGACUGUGCACGCUCGCUUUGGGCGCAGCUCUGCUCGGAAUACUGCUGAUGAUCCUCCAUACUGAGAUGUGCCCUUACGUCUACAAACCGGGCACGAACAUUGCCUUGAUCAUCAACUGUUCCAUCAGCCUGUCCACUGGCUGUCUCCUCAUCUUCAUCAUCGCGUUCCAUUACAAGGACAUCAGGCUCUUCAUCAUAGAUCAAAACCAGGUGGACUGGCGUAUCGCCAUGACCAGCCAUAGGGUAUUCGUGAUCACGCUCGAGCUAUUGGCCUGCGCCAUCCAUCCCGUCGGCACAUACUGGGAGGUGGGCCUCCACGGCAACUCCUCUUCUGCACCUCCGCUGUGCGAUUCCAACCAUCACAAUACGGCGCUGGCGGAUUUGGAGCUGCUGCUGUCGGUGCUGAUGUUCCUACGCUUGUAUCUAGUGCACCGGGCCGUCCUGUUGCACAGCAAAGUGCUGCUGAGCGCCUCCUACAGGAGCAUCGGCUCGCUCAACAAUAUCAACUUCACCUUCCGCUUCGUACUAAAGGUGCUGAUGAACAAGUACCCGGCACGCACCUUACUGGUCUUCAUCCUCUUCUUCUGGCUCACGGCGUCCUGGAUGCUUACCCUGUGCGAGAGCGCUGUGCUACAGUUGAAUAGAAAAUUAAGAAGCGGUUCCACCCUGUUGAUUCAUCUCCCAAGCAGGCAAACCGCGGGCUCGACAGACCACAUGGAAACGGCCUUGUGGCUCAUCGCCAUCACCUUCCUGACGGUGGGCUACGGCGACGUGGCGCCCAACACUCGCUGUGGCAAGUCGGUGUGUCUCUUCACAGGAGUCAUGGGUGUAGCCUGCACCGCCAUGCUGGUCGCCGUGGUAACCAAGAAGCUGGCUUUGAAUAAAGGAGAGAAGCAUGUGCACUUUUUCAUGCUGGACAUCCAGAUCUCAAAAGGGAUCCGCCACGCUGCUGCAAACGUGCUGAGGGAGUGCUGGCUUCUGCACCGAGCCAACCUGACCAAAGGAACCCGAGGAGAGCACCGAAGACACCAGAGAUGUCUUCUGGAGGCCAUCAGAGUAUUUCGUCACUUGCGCCUCAAACAGAGAAAACUGCGGGAUUAUGUCAGCGAGAUGGUGGACCUUCCAAAGAUGCAGAUGAUCAUGUGCGACCUCAGCGCCAAUUGGAAUAACUCGUAUCGGGAGCUGGAGCAGCGUAUCCUGUCCAUGGAGCAGAAACUGGAAGAGCUGAGUCGCUGCUUCCAAGAAACCUCAAAGCUGCUGUCUCAGGUCCUACGUCACCGCAACCAGGAGAUCAGGUGACACGACCGCCGCACGCACUUCAGACAAAAACUUUUCCGACAAUGCCUACCGAAGGGAGGCGGUGAUCAUCUCCACCUGUGCAGAGCUACUUCUACGUGCUUCCACCAUUUGGGCGGUCACCUUCGGGCCCAGUCUCGAGCGUCCUUCGCCAAUCGUGACUGUGGAAGAAUUCAUCGAGAGCGUUCUAAUCGACACUGUCAAGCAUCAAGAUUUGCGCUGUAUUAUUUUUUAUUACAAUACGCCAUUAUUUAAAGGCUCGAUUGGACUCAUCUGUGCCUUAUUUAUUUUAAACUUUUUUGGUGUUAGUAUUACGUUUCAUGACAGCUAUAUACAGAAGUCAAAAUGUUUAAACACAAAUCCAACUCAGAAUGUCCUAACUCGGUGGGGGGGAAAAAUGCAGUGUUGCAUCAUAAGAAAACACCUUUAUUUCAAAUGUUUUAACCUCUUGGCAUGUUCAUCUCAAAUGUAAGGCUGUCAUUAUGGGAUGCAGGAGAUCUAGUUUACUCUUUGUGUGGGGACAAUUCUGAUUCUUAUGACUGGGUGCAAACUGACUGCUUCUCAGUGGCUCAACUGCUCCACCAGGCGGACAUUGAGUAGGUUAAAUGCAUGUAAUUAUAAUAAUAUUUACAUCAAAAACCCGUGAAUGAUCAUAACACAGUUGAGAACUUGAACCACCCGAAAUUUGACAACCCGUGAAUGAUCAUAACACAGUUGAGAACUUGAACCACCUGAAAUUUGACAUACAGUGAACCCCCGCAUAUUCGCGUUGACCAUUUGCAGAUGUGCAUAUUCUCAGAUCUUUUUUAAAACUAUCCUCCAAUAUUCCCUGAAAAACUAGUCACGUUUUUUGUGCUUAGACAAAUUAAUGUAUUAGUUUGGGGAUUGACUCAAUCACAACUGGACUGUUCUGGUUGUCUUAGAAGACCUUUCCCCUCUCAUUCUAGUAGGCUUCAUCAGUUCAUGCUCAAGGGUAGUAAGUGCAGACUAUCCUGUGUUGGUGUGGAAAACUCAAAUAUUUAUGCCCCAAGUUAGAGGCACGGCCCAAACCAUGAAUGGGAUCGUUACUUUUGACAUGCAAAACAACAGUUGUUUAGAUGCCUUGUAGAGCCCACCAUCCAUCAACAAGAACCUCAUUAAUAUUCCAUUCAGUUAAAAAAAUAAAUAAAUAAAAAAGGCCAAAAGGGAUUAUAUUUUUGUUAGUUCUUUGUCGAAGGCAUAAUUCAUCCUGAGAAUUAAAUGACACGUAUUCAUUUAGUUUGGCGCUUUCUGAUGGAAUAUUGACAUUUAUAAAUUUAAUUCAGUUACAAUGUUUUUAAAUUUGCCUUUGAGAUGUCAUGUUUUGUUGGCGGGCCUUAAAUGCAGGUCCUUGAAUGUGCCUCUUGCAGUAAAAAGUAAAACUAAAAGCAUAUUCCUGCUUUUCCCUCAAUGCAGUAACUAAUAGCCAGUGCUGUCCACUUUGCCAUUCUAUGUUGCCUUUAAUCCUUAACAUUAUUAAUGGUAGUUUAAUGACUUCAUACCUUUUUUUUUGUGAAAGUGCACAUUAUUGUUUGCACAUGUGUGAUGGUCAGCUCAGCUUGUGCUAGCACGCUAGCUGAUACUAUUGAUGAGCCUCUUGUGAAGGUGAUUUGUUUGUGCUGAAUAAUUACUGAAUACAGUCACUUAUGUAACGUGUUCUUGAUAGUGUACAUAUGCCAGUAGCAAGGUGUUGAUGCUUUAUGAUCUGUUUAGGUCCUUUGCUGCCAUCUUGUGGCAUCUAUAUGCAAUUACAAAGGGGACAUCACUUAAUUAUCUUCAAGCUCGGUCCCUUUCCCUAGCGAAUAGCGGGGGUUCACUGUGCAUCUUCCAUUCAAACAAAAAAAUCCAAAAUCAGAUACCUCAUUGGAAAGGAAGCACUUUGUGAGAAAACCUCGCACAACUGGAGAAACUAUCUCUCUGGAGGGGAUAAACUGGAGCUAAAAAAAAAAAAAGCUAAAAUAGCUGACAUUUCUUGUAUUCUGUUAUGUUGUCAAAAUAACUUGGAAUUUGCACGUCUUCAAAAACUGUCCAGGAAAUGCCUGGAAUUAAAAGCUGUGUGGAGUGUGUUUGCCUUCUAAACAAACC